UCCUGUAUCCUUUUAUCUUCUUCUUGAAAUGAGAAGUCUCUCCAUCUCCACCGUUCCUCUGUCGCCGUUUCGGCUUCAGGCCCAGACCCGAAUCUCAACACUCAGUUCCCGAACGAAUCUCCACUCAUUCAACCUCAACCCGACUAGAACUGUCUCGAAAGUUAGAGGUCUGAGAGAAGAGAAUGAUUCGAGAUUCGUUGAUGAAAAUGGCGCAGUUGAUGACAUGGAAGGUUACUUAGACAAUCUCUCUCUCGAAUACGACUCCGUAUGGGACACCAAGCCCUCCUGGUGUCAGCCGUGGACGAUAAUGGUAACGGGUCUAUCUAUAGUGACAUGUAGCUGGUUGAUAUUACAUUCGGUUUUAGUUUCAUCGCUUGCCAUUGGUUUAGUUGGCGCUUGGUGGUACAUUUUCCUUUACAGCUAUCCAAAGUCGUAUUCAGAAAUGAUUGCUGAAAGAAGGAAAAGAGUAGCUGAUGGUUUUGAAGAUAUAGACGGCGAAAACAAGACAUCGUAGAACAUCCCAACUCGUAACACUCGUUUGUCUUCUUUCUGUUUGUACAUCCAUACUGUAUCUGUUUAUCUUUUAGUUUCAUUCACAGUUUGGUUAACAAAGCUCUUGAAUUUCAAAGAUUAUAUAGCUGAACCAAACCAUAAUGAAAGUUGGACAUUUUAAA